CCGAGCCUGUCAUGAGAAGAAUUAUUUAUGACAGAUUUUUCUGGAUGCAAUAACUUAUAAAGAAAGAAGGCCCCCUUUGAGGUACCUUUUCUUUUUCACCAUAACAUAAAAAGUUCAAACUUUCUUAAAGGUCCUACAAUUUUCUGGCCUAGAAAGUGCACGUAUGCUUGAUCUUCUUCAAUUUGUCUUCCAUUCUUGAACACCCUUCCCCAUUCUGGAAUGAAACAUUAAUUUACUCGUCUAAUGUAACUGUGUAAGCCUAGACUUGGAACUUAACUUGACCACGUUGCAAGGUGUGUGAAUCCCUUAGUAGCAUGCAUCAUAAGAUGCAUCCAAAAACUAUAUAAAUUGAUCGUCAUUAUCGGUGGACUAAUAUCAUUAAACAUCUAUUUAUCAAAUUGACCCCUAUAUCGACUCGGAUCGGACGGACGAGUCGAAGCAGGAGAGCUGGAGAUGAAUCGGAGCUUCUUCCAGUGGCAGGAAAAUGCUGUCUUGAUUCUUCUUUAUACUGAGAAUUAUCCAUGAUGCUCUGUAGGUUUGAAUGUUGCUAAGUUAAAAUACUAAUGAGUGUGAUAAUUAAAUGAUUCGUUUCAAUGUGGUUGAAGAUGAAUGAAAAGGCCGAUUCGGAGAUGUAUAGUUCGAUCCUAUGUAGAGUGACGCAUUUAAAAGAAACCAACGCGGUCUGCACAGAGGAGUUACUGCACCUUCCUUCUGUGAGUCCAAGGAAUGUGGGCUCAGUGGGGGUCAGGGAAUCGAUGCUUAAAACUUUUCUUCUUCUUUUCAAACUUCUUUUUGUUAAUUUGUUGGAUCAGCAUUGCUCAGAAUGAGCCUUUUGCCUUCCCCUAAACGAGCCUCUGCCGUGGAUGACUCGUCCUCCAACACUAUAAAUACUGUUAUGCUGCUAUAGAGGUUCAUCAUCGGCUCUCUUUAUCUCUUCUUUCUCUGAUCAUGGAUGCCAUUAAGCCAGUAGUUGUGUUCGCGGCUCUUGCCUUUCUGGUGUUCCAUCUUGUUGAGGGCAGACUUGCGUCUGAGUUGCAAUUGGCAGAAGUCAAGGGACAUGAAAGAUCCCUCCUCCAAACUAUAGACUGCGCAGAAGCUUGCAGUGUGAGGUGUUCAAAGGCAUCGAGGCAGAAAAGGUGCGAGUUCGAGUGCGGGAGCUGCUGCAAGAGAUGCAACUGCGUCCCUCCCGGCACCUACGGCAACAAGGAGGCCUGCCCUUGCUAUGCUAGCAUCACCACUCACGGUGGAAAGCCCAAAUGCCCCUGAAGACUUGAAUACUUUGCGAGACGUUACAUAUGGAAUUGUUAUUUGCAUCUUCUUCCCUUGGCUUGUUUGUCCAGCUCUGUUUCUAAUGAUCUACAGUAAGAUAAUGUAUUAGCAGGAACUCCUGCUUCCAAGUC